AUGGUAGAUCUCGGGGUCAACGGCAUCGAUGCCAACAUCGAAUCGAGUAUACGAAGAACGGUUCGGUUUGGCUCGGCGUGGUUGCAUCCUGUCACGAAUAUGGGAAACCCGGUGGAGAUGACGGCGGAGUGCUGGGUCUGGUACUGUUUGGCCAUGACAGCGGUUGUCAUCCGAUUCACAUCGCAGUAUAUUGUAAGAAAGCGCAAAUUUAUCAAGGAAAUCCCGCCAGAUGAUAUCUUGAUGUUGCUCCUCAGCAUCACAUACACAACUGCAAUCGUCGCGCUGUUCCUAUAUUUCGAGAUCGUGUCGGACGUCGACCUUGACAACAUCACUGCCGAGGAUAACUUCGUCGUGGGUCGCAAGCUCGGGAUUCUCAACAUCCUCGCAGAGACGUCCAUGCAGACGACUCUUUGGGGCAACAAAUGCUGCAUUCUGUUAUUAUACCACCGCUUGACUCUCUUCUGUCAUCAUCGCAGGAUGUGGGUGGUUGUUUCGGCAUAUGUUGCCUUGGCAUACGUCGCAGUCAUCGUCGCUUUGUACGGAGGAUGGUGCCGGCCGUUCUCGGGUUACCUCGUGUUGGAACCGGAUAACAUGGAGUGCUUGACCUGGCUUCACUACAACAGCCUGCAGUUGUCAUUGAACCUCUCCACGGAUCUCAUCCUGAUGAUCAUUCCCGUCGUCUUGAUCAGCAGGUUGAACAUGAAAAUUGGGAAAAAGAUAUUGCUCGUCUGCCUUUUCAGCCUGGGCAUCUUUGUCAUGCUCGCUGCGAUUCUGACGAAAGUAAGCGUCUUCACAAACCAGACCACCCCGAUCUGGUUCCUCUGGUGCGUCCGCGAGGUCUCCACAGCCAUGCUCGUGGGCAACCUGCCACUGUGCAUGCCCACCUUCCGCAUGUGGUGGCGCUUCUUCUUCCCCGGCAGCGGCGCCAGCGCAACGCCGGGACCGCACGAGUCGGCCAGCGGCGCGAGCGCCGUGACAAAGAGAUCGGUGGCGACGACGGCCGCCUUCAGCGAGGCUACUGGCGGCGGCGGAGAAUCAUCCACGUGGGGCUCCUCGCCGGCGAGGAGUAGGAUGAACGAUGAUAUUGAGAUGUAUGGCAUGUCUAAGGGCGGGGCGAGGGGUGAGGGUCGAAGGUUGUCUGUUGACGAAGAGAGUGUUUGA